AUGGAAAUUAUGGAGGUCGGAGCCCUAAAGUCACAAUUCUCUGAGUUGUUUGAAGAAAACAAGAAGGUCUUGGUCGAGGAGGCUUUUCGAAUCAUUGAAACGCACGAGGAGCGAAUCCGAGACCUUAAGUUUGAACUUGAGAGCGAGAAGAGUUCUCGACGCACAUUCCAAGAGGAAAACGACGAAGCUAAAAAAGAAGUUAGGAGGUUAAACGAUAUCCAUAAUAGGUAUCCCUUCAUAGUUGUGCUAGUUGAUGGCGAUGGCGCCAAAUUCCUAGACACUUUGCUACAGAGUCCAGACGGCGCUGUUGAAGCCUCCAGGAGGCUUACAAAGGCAGUAAGAGAUUAUUUGCGGGACAGUCCAUACAGCAGCGAGGACGUGCCCAUCCUUGUCCGAAUCUAUGCAAAUCUGAAUGAUCUGGCGAGGGCAUUGCAUAAAAACAAAGUAAUACCGUUCGAGAAGGAUUUGCAUCGCUUUGCAGAACAAUUCACCAACAGUCGGGCUGAAUUCGAGUUUAUCAAUGUUGGUCCGGGCAAAGAGAACGCGGAUGCUAAAAUGAACAGGAUGCUGAAUCACUUCCAUCGAAAUUUCCAGUGCAAAAAAGUGUUUUUUGCUGCUUGUCAUGAUAAAGGCUACAUACACCAGCUCCGUGAUUUUACCGGAGAUAGUGAGGGUGAAAAGCGGAUUGUUCUCGUCGAAACGACCCCUGCAGGGACACAGUUUAAGACCCUAGGAUUUGAAAUCACCCGUUUCGAUGACGUGUUCCGUUGUGAGCAUCUUCCAAGUGAACAGGACCCCAGUCGUCUUCGCUUCCAAAGAUCUUCGGUGACUGCCGCCGAUGAAACAAACGGCACAUCCUCGUUGUGUCGGGAUUCACGUGCAAAUUCCAAUGGAGAGUUAUCUCAAGUGACAACUCUCAAUGGCCCUGCAAUUGCUACGCCUUUGAUCCAGGGAUCAAUGAUGGAUCCUGAUGUUGAUGUCUCGGGGAAUGGUGGAAUUUCUGUGAGGUAUCCUUCGACAUAUGCGACAAUUGGAGCAUCCAGUCAUCAUCAAAAUCUCACAAUCAAAAGACGCGAGACCAAAGAAAAGAAAAUAAUCGAAUAUAAUGCACGCAAACAACGAAUAGACCCACCGAUCCGGGCCCCCUCAGAUACCGCUGCCAACAACUCCUAUUUCAAGAAACUAGACCAGAUCUUACCCAGAGGAUUCUGCAAUAACCAUUAUCUUCUGGGACGCUGCGACCGGGUCUGGUGUAAAAUGGUUCAUGAUGAAAAGUUAAACGCUAGUGAGAUCGUCAUACAAAAGAACAGAGCAAGAAAGGGUCAAUGUCCCAAUGGCCCUGGUUGCUCGGAUUAUGACUGCUACCUAAGCCACCAUUGUCCCUUCGGCAAUAAUUGUGUUUACUCUCCUUGCAAGUUUUCGUUGCAUCUAUCUGAGAGUGACCUCAAGGUAGUAGAACGAUGGAUCGAAGGCGAAAGUGGACCAAGAAUUUUGGAGACGUGA